AUGUUGCGUUGGUCGGUCCACCUUGAAGGAGGGCCACGGAGAGUCAAUCAUGCUGCUGUGGCUGUGGGGCACAAGGUGUACACCUUUGGAGGCUACUGCUCCGGGGAGGACUAUGAGACAAUACGUCAGAUUGACGUGCAUGUUUUCAACACUGUGUCCAUGCGCUGGAUGAACUUGUCCCCAAUGAGGCCAGUGACACAUGACCGUGCUCCUGAAGUGCCAUACAUGCGUUAUGGUCACACAGCAGUGCUUCUGGAUGAAACCAUUUACUUAUGGGGGGGACGCAAUGACACAGAGGGUGCCUGCAAUGUGCUGUAUGCGUUUGAUGUCAAUACCCACAGAUGGUACACACCCAGAAUUUCUGGGACAGUUCCAGGGGCAAGAGAUGGCCAUUCUGCCUGCGUUCUGUUGAAGGCAAUGUACAUAUUCGGAGGAUAUGAACAGCUAGCUGACUGCUUCUCCAAUGACAUCCACAAAUUGGACACCACUACGAUGCAUUGGUCUUUAAUUGAUGUGGCGGGCAUUCCUGCCAGUUGGCGGGACUUCCACUCAGCGACCAUCAUCGGGACAAAAAUGUUUGUAUUUGGAGGGCGAGGAGAUCGCUUUGGUCCAUUUCACUCCAACAAUGAGAUCUACUGCAACAAGAUAGAAGUAUUUGAUACACAGACCAGUCGUUGGCUAAGCACCCCUUCGAUACAGGUGUUACCUGAUGGACGCAGAAGUCACUCAGCCUUUUGUUACAAGGGAGACCUCUACAUAUUUGGUGGAUACAAUGCUGAUUUGGACCAGCACUUCAACGAUCUGUGGAAAUUCAGUCCAGAAGCCUUUUUAUGGACAAAAGUUGAACCCAAGGGGAAAGGCCCGUGUCCUCGGAGACGACAAUGCUGCUGCAUGGUGGGAGAUCGAAUCAUCCUCUUUGGAGGAACCAGUCCCUGUCCUGAGCAAGGAAUGGGCGAUGAAUUUGACCUCAUGGAUCAUUCAGACCUCUACAUUUUAGAUUUCAGUCCUAAUUUGAAGACAUUAUGCAAAAUAGCUGUAAUUCAGUACAAGCUGGAACAGUCAGGCCUGCCUCAUGAUAUCAGGUGGGAACUGUCUGCCAUGACCACUAACAGCAACAUCAGCCGGCCAAUCGUCUCCCCUCAUGGCUGA